AUGAAGCUCAGCCUGAUCGCCGUGACCCUCCUCGGCCUUGCCAUGGCCACACCCGCGGAGCAAAACACCAACGACGUCGGAUCCACCAAGGCCACCGACGGAACCCUCGGCGUCGACUACUGCGGUGAACGCUGCCAGUACGACUGGGAGUGUCGUCGUGGCGAUCGCUGCCAUGAUUGCUACAGGCGUAGCGGUGAGCGCUAUGGUCACUGCCGCCGCCGACGCUCCGAUGACGAGGCUUGA